GGCAAAAACGAAUCCCUCCGAGCGCGAGCCAUCUUGCGCUCUCUUGUGCCGCUGGAAGACUUGCAAGGCGUGCUUAGUCUCCGCUUCACGCUGAACAACCCGGCUGCUGGCGAGGAGAGACCUAAAUCAGAUAUGCCUUCAGGCCUGAUCCCCGGUCACAAGCAGAGCGUGGGUCUAUUCUUGGAGCGAGUGUAUGGCAUAGAGACGCAAGAACUGUUCUACCGAUUAUUAGAGGAGGCCUUCCUGCCUGACCUGAGAGCAGCCACUAUGCUGGACAGGAACGACGGCUGCGAAUCGGAUAUGGCUUUAUCGAUGAAUCGAUACAUCGGCAACUCGAUCCUGCCGCUGCUGAUCAAGCACGCCAACUUCUACAACGAAGCUGAGAACUACGCCAGUCUGUUGGACGCUACAUUACACACUGUAUAUCGGCUGUCCAAAAACCGCAUGCUAACCAAAGGCCAGCGUGAGGCGGUAUCGGACUUCUUAGUGGCGCUGACUUCAGCGAUGCAGCCGUCUAUGUUACUGAAGCUGCUGAGGAAACUCACUGUGGAUGUCUCCCGACUGUCUGAGUAUACCACUGUGGCUCUAAGGCUGCUAACCCUCCACUACGAACGCUGUGCCAAAUACUACGGCAGCACAGGAGGGCAAGGGAUCUACGGUGCCUCCUCAGACGAAGAGAAGCGGCUGACCAUGAUGCUGUUCUCAAACAUCUUCGACUCGCUCAGCAAGAUGGACUACGAGCCUGAGCUGUUUGGGAAGGCUCUGCCGUGCCUCAUUGCUAUUGGAUGCGCGUUGCCACCUGACUACUCUCUAUCUAAAAACUACGACGAUGAGUUCUAUGGAAAAGAAACACAAGCUACUGGUGGUCCCGACAAUCCUCAAUACGAUCCUCAACCCAUCAACACGUCAUCGGUGGCUCUCAACAACGAUCUCAACACCAUCGUGCAGAAGUUCUCGGAGCACUACCACGAUGCUUGGGCUUCCAGGAAAAUCGAAAACGGUUGGGUGUACGGCGAGUCGUGGUCCGACAGUCAAAAGGCGCAUCCUCGCUUGAAGCCGUAUAACAUGCUAAAUGACUAUGAGAAGGAGCGCUACAAAGAGCCAGUGCGUGAGUCCCUCAAGGCUCUGCUAGCCAUUGGCUGGUCGGUGGAACAUUCAGAAGUGGACAUUCCCAGCACCAACCGCAGUUCUAUGAGGAGGCAGUCCAAGUCUGGAGGCCGCCCGCCAGACAUAGUGACGGACUCAGCAACUCCAUUCAACUACAACCCUCACCCUGUCGAUAUGACCAAUCUGACGCUGUCAAGAGAGAUGCAGAACAUGGCGGAACGACUGGCCGAGAACGCUCACGACAUCUGGGCGAAGAAGAAAAAGGAAGAACUGGUCACCAAUGGCGGUGGCAUCCACCCUCAACUAGUCCCAUACGACCUUCUAACCGACAAAGAAAAGAAGAAAGACAGAGAACGUUCCCAAGAGUUCCUCAAGUACCUACAAUACCAGGGCUACAAGCUUCACAGGCCCAGCAAAUCGUCGCCCAGCGACACAGAACAGACCACUACUGGGGUGGCAAUAGAGCUCAGAUUCGCUUACUCGUUGCUGGAGAAAUUGAUUCAGUAUAUAGACAGAGCUACGAUCAAUAUGAAGCUGUUGAAACCGUCCACUACGUUUAGUAGAAGAAGCAGUUUUAAGACUAGCACGAGGGAUAUUAAGUUCUUUUCAAAG